CAAUUCAAAAAGAUUGAUUGAUUUGUGCAAUAAGAAGUUUGGAUCAAAAAGAUUGGGUUUGUGAAUGAAAGUUAACACAGAACUAGUCUUUUUGGCUCAUUUUAGGCAAAACAUUCGUUUAACAUUCCACUAAUUAUUGGUUCCUUCAAAUUAUAAGAAAUGAUUGAAGUUUUUUAGUAAAUCAUUUGCUAUCAUUGUAAUUUGAAAACGGGAAUGGAUACUGGAUCUAGAGAAUGUGAUAAAAUUUAUCAUUCGAUGAUGCAAUGCAAUGGAAUUGAAGAAGUUACAGAAGCGGUCAUUUCAAGUCAGGUCGGUACAGCAAUGGGCUCCAGUAAUGAAUCCGGGUCAAUACAUAUGGAAUCGGAUGAUAAAGAAUUAUGUAAGACUGUACAAGAAAUGAGUAUCGCCGAAACCAAGAGUGAUAAGUCAGACCAGGUAAUGACAACUUCACAAUUACUGGAAUCAAAGAGGACUUCAUACAAGCGAGACAUAGAACCGUUUCAAAUACAAUCUUCAAAUACAGGAUUUCAGAAUAUUGAAGUUAACUAUUUUGGAAAAGAUUUUUUAAAAAAUAUACAAUAUAUAGAUACAAUGAAUAAAAAGGGAUUAGUAUCUGACGAGCUAGUAGGGAGGUUUUCACCAUCACAGGAAUCCGAAAAGGCUUUUCUUAAAAAAAAAAUGAAGCCACUUGAAGAAGCCCAAAUUAAAGCAUUGCAAAACAUUAAAAUUGACUGUUUUUCCAAAAAGUUUUUGAACAAUAUAGAAUGCCAGUCAGGUGAAAUAUACACAGAAGAAAAGGGUUCUGAAAAAUCAGUAGCUCAAAAAACACCUCAAAAUAAUAAAAUCAAGCUUUUUUCGGAGCAGUUCUUGAAAAGUAUACAAUGUCAUACAAAUAAGAUACAUAAAGAUUGGACAGAGAGAAAGCCUGAAGUGUUUGAAACACCACAAAAUGUCGAAACUGAACUCUUUUCCGAGGCUUUUUUGAAAAAAAUGCAACAUCAACCAUAUCAAAUAGAUAACGACCUUUGUCUGAGAGAGUCUGACAAGCUAGUUGCGGCUCCUUCACCAUCAGAGGAAACAAGUAGUGCUCUAUUCAAAAAUUUCAACUUAAGUACCGUAAUGGAUACCGGAACAGACUGUAAAAAUGAAUGUGGUGAAUGGGAAGAAGCUUCUGGCGUUGGUGUCCUGGCGGAGAAAAGUCCUGAUAUUAAGAUCAAGGAUGAAAACUAGGAAUUAAAUUUUAGUUCAAUUUCGCACAUUCGAAAAUCGUUGUUCUGCAGAUAACUUCAGAUAACUUCACCUAUAACUUCAGCAACUCUUGUAGAUAUCAAGAUAUAUAUUUAACAUUUAAAUUCAAAACUGAGUUAAACACAGAGUAAUCUUCACCAAGUAAUGUCCUGGUAAAGUAUACUGUUAUGUAUGUAAGGAAGUUAAAAUAAAUUAAGCGUUUCUUAGAGUAAAUACUCUUACGAUCAUCUUACUUUGUUUGCGAUUAACUAAGAUGUUAUCUUUUUAGAAGUAGACCAUGAGACAUGAAUGAAUUGUCUUAUAUUUUAGUACAAAUGGAUUGUGCAUGAGGAGAGUAUGUUAAAAUCAUCAAGUGCAGUUCGAUUCGUGAAUUUCGUUAUACGAAUAUUAGUUUCACAUUAUAUCUUAUUAAAUAAAAG